UACGUAAACAUCGUGCAGAUCGUUGUGAACCUUGUACUGCUGUGGCAGCAACGACAAAUAAUGCCUGCGUGGGCUAUGGCAUCUCUUUUGGAAAUAUUUCCACUAUGGAGAUUGGAUUGCUUACUAUUUUUAGUGGCAACAGUAAGUGUACUCUAUGCUUAUAUGAUGUGGAAAUACAGGCACUGGCAACUACAAGAUGUGCCUUUUGUGAAACCAGUAUUAUUCUUUGGUAAUAUUGGUGAUUAUAUCACAAGAAAGAAAGCGCUUAGCUCUGUGUAUCAAGAUUUGUACAUGAAGCUGGAAGACCAUCCAUAUGGUGGUUUUUACAAGUGUCAUCAACCAGCAAUUUUAUUGCGAGAUCUGGAGCUAAUAAAGACAGUUCUAGUAAAGGAAUUCCACAAUUUUAGUGACAAUGAAUUCCAAGUGAGUGAAGAAGUUGACCCAGUAGUUGGAAAAAGUCCAUCUGCACAGCAUGAGGAAAGAUGGAAAGACACAAGAAAUCUCUUGACUCCAGCAAUGACAGUAGCAAAAAUUCGACCAAUAUUCCCUCUGAUGAUGGAAGUUACCAAGGAGGCCUUGGUAUACUUAGAAAAAUUGCCAGAAGCCAGGAGUCAAGAUGGUGUGGAUAUUAAGCAGUUUUCACUUCAGUUUGCAACGGAUAUCAUUGCAUCAAGUGUCUUUGGUCUUAAAGGAAAUGCUUUCAGAGACCCGGAGGCUGAUUUUUGGAAUAUGGCUCAAAACAUAGUAGUGCCAAAUUUAUGGAAAGACCUAAAGCAUUUUGUAGUUGUUAAAGCACCAAAGCUUGCUGAAAUUCUCGGAUUCAGGAUAGUUGAUGCAGAAGUGUCAGACUUCUUUUAUAGAGCAGUGAAACAUGUUGUUUCCUAUCGGGAUGAGAACAAUUUCAAGAGGAUGGAUUUCAUGCAAACGAUGAUGCAGAUACAUAAAACAGACUCAGAUGAGAACACAGGUUACUCCUUAGAAGACAUCGCAGCGCACGGGACGAUGUUCUUCACGGAGGGGUGCGACCCGUGCGCGACUGCCCUCGCCUUCACGCUGUUCGAGCUGGCGCACAACGCGGACGUGCAGGAGCAGCUGCGGGAGGAGGUGGUGGCAGCCACUGGGGCGGAGCUCACGUACGAGAAGCUGCAGGAGAUGGAGCUACUCGACCGCGUCGUCUCUGAGAGCCUGCGCAAGCACCCGCCGGUGCCCGCGCUGACGCGGCUGAGCGCCGCCGGCGCCACGUUGGGCGGCCGGCCGCUGGAGGCGAACACCCCUGUCGUGGUGCCCAUCCUGGCGCUGCACCGCGACCCCGCCCUCUACCCGGACCCCGAGCUGUUCGACCCGCGCCGCUUCGCCGAACCCGCCGUCGCCGCCCGACACAGGUUUGCCUACCUGCCGUUCGGCGAGGGACCGCGCGUCUGUCUGGGGAUGCGGUUCGCGCUGUCGCUGGUGAAAGUUGCGGUGGCGGGUGUGGUGCGUCGGUUCGAGCUGCGACCAUGCCCACACUCAGUGCUGCCGGUAGCGCUCAGCCCCCACCACCACACACUCACUGCUGCCCACGGGCUUCGCGUCACCAUCCUGCCCAGGCACGACACGUGACUACUAUUUGCUGUACUGCGGCACCUUACACCACCUCCUGCUUAUGGAUGCAGAGAUACUGCCCAAUCACGAAAAGUGAUGGCAGCUUGUUUUGCAGUUGGACUGUGGUGGAUAUCUAGAUCGUGACGCACUUCUAACUGCAUACAGAUUGCCUCUCCGUACUCUCCCUAGCCGCAGCAAGUGAUUAGAUGUCGUUGUUCCAGUUCAUUGUGGUGAGACUCAUUAACGCUUUCCUCUGAUGCUGCACCUGGACUUGAAAAGUUGUCACAACGUAUCUCACCAUGUUAACUAGCUCAUGCUGUAUUAUUCGCGAAUGGUCUACAGCACCAGACAAAGUUGAUUCUUGGCUUCUUAUUCAGUCAUAAAAGUAUGAUACAUGUUCCUAACCUUGCCUAUAGCUUAUAGAGAUUGUCUAAAGAAAGAGAAAGUUACCAUGUACAAAGUGCUUGAAAAGAAAAGUGUCACAUAUUACAGGAAGUGCUAUAAUCAGAACUAAAAAAAAAGUUUCCAUAAUCAUAUGCCCAGAAACCAACACCUGUUGCGAUAUGGGCCAGCCCCUCUCCCACUCCCAUCUGUCCGUUACAUAGAAGUAGAUGCUGUAGCCAUCUGGCAACCAUGUGUCCUGACACAUCCUUCAGCAGUCAAUCACAUUGAAUCAUGUACUAUUUCAAAAACACCUAGCUCCAUUCAGAUUGCAUCACAUGCUCCUAUAAUGUAUAUACACUGCUGAUUGAUUGGGCAUAUACAAGUGCCUUUAAAUGUCUCCAUAGCCAGAAAUCCAGCGGACUCAGAUCUAGUGAAGAGGGAAGCCACUCUAUCGGACCUCUUUGACCAGCCUGCUGCCCAUCAAACGUUGCUGUGAUGUACUGUCACACGAUCUGUCCAAAUUGGAGUGGCGCCCCGCCGUCCAUAAUCCACAAUUUUCGUCUUUCUACUCUCCAAUAGCGCAGGUAAUAUCGGUGGUGCACCUGUUGAUCUCUUCGAUAACACGUGUGGCCCUAUGAAUCUGUCAUCGACAAUUCCUUUCCAUGGAUUGAUAUUGAAGCGAUUCUGAUGGCCUCACCUCUGUGAGUGACGAGGAUUGGCAUAUUACCACAUGUGCGUAUUGUAGUAAAUUACUAUGCCAUCACUUGUAAACGAUGGGGCAUCUCCCUAUUUACUACAGUUUGCGACCUUAGGUCACACCAAUUUUUCAUGGGUGACUGGUCAAAGAGGUUCUAUGCCAAGGCCUCUCCAUCCACUGGACUGGAUUUCUGACUACAGGCACAUUUAAAGCCAUCGUAGUACGCCCAACCCUUCAACAACGUGUGUGUGAUUCAGGAGCAUGUGAUCAAUGAAUAUGACGCAGUCCAAACGAAGCCAUGAGCAUUUGAAAAAGUGCAUGAUUCGCUGCAAGUAAAUGCUGAAGGAUGUGUCAACAGUUGGGAGUGAGACGACAGACUGGUCCAUAUCCCAACAGGUAUUGGUUUCUUGACCUAUCAUUAUGGAAAUUUUCUUCUAGUUUCGAUCAAUACUACAUUAUGUUGGAAUAUGUUCCAUUUUUUAAAUACCCUGUGUGCAAGUGGACAAAACGAGUGAAACACUCUGAAUUUAUUGUGAAAGUAAGUGUUUACUUUAGUCUGAGUGUGAUCCAAAUCAACAGUUGCAGAACAAUGUAACUCUAUUACUGAUGAAUAAGAGUAAUUUUGUUUCAA